CUCAAGACCACAGAGAACGGGAACACUGAUUACCAAUCUGAGACAUGCCAGUGACAUUCAACUGCAAGUCAGAAGAGGUUUGGGGAAGUACUUUAGAUCUGAUCAACGAUGAUGAUAAACCAAAAUGCGGUGGGACAUUUCAAACUUCUGCGUGGAGGACUAAAGCUGGGGCUGUGUUUCUUGGGAUGCUGUGUCUUCUACUGGUUCUGACCUUUACCUUGAUUGCCCAGAGUCUCCAUGCCAGCAGUUAUUGGGACCAACUGCAUAUGAGUCGGCUCAAUAGUGAAAACCUGUCCUCUCAAUGGAUCCAGUUACAGAUGAACUUCAACAACCUGUCAGAAAGCAGAAACCAGUUAGAGAAAGAGUUUAAGUCUCUGACUGAAGAAAGAGAUGCCCUCAGAAAUGAGACAAAGCAAAUGAAGAUUAAUGCCAACAACAUGUUAGACAGCAGAGACCGGUUACAGACCAACUUCAACUCUUUGAGUAAAGAAAGAGAUACCCUUAGAAAUCAAACAGAGCAACUUAAAAUUAAUGUCAACAACCUCACAGGAACCAGAGACCAGUUACAGACCAACUUCAACUCUUUGAGUAAAGAAAGAGAUACCCUUAGAAAUCAAACAGAGCAACUUAAAAUUAAUGUCAACAACCUCACAGAAACCAGAGACCAGUUACAGACCAACUUCAACUCUUUGAGUAAAGAAAGAGAUACCCUUAGAAAUCAAACAGAGCAACUUAAGAUUAAUGUCAAUAACCUUUCAGAAUCCAGAGACCAGUUACAGACCAACUUCAACAACCUGUUAGAAAGCAGAAACCACUUAGAGACUAAGUUUAAGUCCCUGACUGAAGAAAGAGAUGCCCUCAGAAAUGAGACAAAGCAAAUGAAGAUCAAUGCCAACAGCCUGUUAGACAGCAGAGACCAGUUACAGACCAACUUCAACUCUUUGAGUAAAGAAAGAGAUGCCCUUAGAAAUCAAACAGAGCAACUUAAGAUUAAUGUCAAUAACCUUUCAGAAUCCAGAGACCAGUUACAGACCAAUUACAGCUCUUUGACCAAAGAAAGAGAUGCCCUCAGAAAUCAGACCAUGCAACUAAAGAUUACUGCUGACAACAUGUCAGAAAGCAGAGGCCAGUUAGAGACAGAGUUAAACUCUAUGACCGAACAAAGAGAUGCUCUUAGAAAUGAGACAGAGCAACUGAAAAUCACUGCUGGCAAUGUGUCUGAAGAAAUGAAGCUGCUGCAGAGCCAGUACAACAGUGUGGCUGCAGCUCGCGAUGCAUUACAGAGUGAAGUCACUGAACUCAAGAGAAGCGUUCAACUUCAGCUUCAACUCUGCAAACAGCAAUGGGUACGAUUCGACAGCAAAUGCUACUACUUCUCUGCUAAAGGAGAGGAGAAAUCCUGGCAAAACAGCAAGCAAGACUGUAUAGGAAGAGGAGGUCACCUGGCAAUUGUGACCACAAAACAAGUACUGGACUUUAUAUCCAAUUUUAAUGUAAAUAGAUGGAUCGGUUUGUCUGACAGUGUGCGAGAGGGCAGAUGGAAGUGGGUGGAUGGGACUGACCUGCAAGGUAAUGGAUUUUGGACGAAGGGAGAACCUAAUAAUGCUGGUAAUAAAGAAGACUGUGCACACACACAUAAAUCAGGCAAUGAUCCAGCAGGUUGGAAUGACAAUGACUGUACCCUGGCUUUGUCAUAUGUUUGUCAGACUUAAUUUCCAGAUAGCAUCUUUCAAAUUUUCAGCUACUUAAUCAAUGUUGAUAUUUGGUUGCAAGCUGUUGGAACAAAAUAACAUGCAAGUUUUGUCUGAUUUAUAUUUGAAAAGGUCUCAUAAUUACAUAUAAACAUCUUUGUGUCCAAUGUAAUUUAACACAAACUACAUUGUGUCCCUUCUUUUAUGGAGUUACAUUAGUCAAAAUGUAUUUGAUACCCAAAUAAACUACAGCCAGCAUUGUUAAAGUUUGUGUGUCCUGUUUUUCUAAAAAAGACAAUAAAUAUAGAAGAGUCAGCAACUAAGUGAUUUGUUUAUUUCGCACUUUCAAGAUUUAAAUCCUGAAUUUAGAACUUUACUAAAUUAUAAAGUUCAAGAAUGCAGUUUGCUCUAAAGAAGGGUUUCUCAUCUGCUCGAUUCUGUACACUUUGGAUAGAAAUGAAAUCUCCAGAGGCAAACUAGGUUAAAGGUCUCUCUAGAUGCAAUGAGCAAAGUCAAAUAUAUACGUUUUACAUAUGCCUUUAUCGACCAUUUUCUUAAUGACUGAACAUCACCAGUGAGGAAUGAUUUACAUUUCAGCAGCUAGUCUUAUGAACAAUGGCAUAAUGAUAGGACUCCAGUUUUUAUGAGCCUUUUAUUGAUUUUAACAACUGGCCACACUAAACUGAGGUCAAGUAAACAUUGGUUCACUUAACCCAAAACCAGCUAAAUAUUAACUGUGCCAGUGGUGACACAGGACACUGCUGCUCUAAACUGACAGUAAAAUAAAUUACUUCUUGCACAGUUGUUUUACAAAAAUACCCUUAAAUGCUAACGCUUCUGUCCCAUGUUUUACUACCUACGUACUGCUGUACAUAGUUUGAAAUCAGAUGGGAAAUCAGUGCCUCUGUUCACAGGUUUAAACAAAUAUUUAUCUAGUGUCUUUGCUCCUACACAGUGAAGGUUAGUCAGUACGCACCAUUGUUUCUUCAACCUCGUUUCUUUGAUAACUGUGUAAGAAAUCAGUGAUAUCUGAUGUUUAAUUCUCCCAGCACUACUGUCACUGAGCAGUGGGUUGAGCUGUUUGCUAUCGACACAAUUCAUCAAACGCUUCAAAAGAUUGCUUGUAAAUGCAUUGCCUUUAGCUGCUGUUGCAACUGGAAAUAUAACAGGCAAGGUGUGGGGACUAUGUAAGGCACAAUAACAACCAUAAGUAGUAAGCAGUGUCCCAUUUCAUCAAUGCACACACAAUCUGUCAAACUAUUUAUUACAUACUUUAUACUACCUGACUAAUAUCAAGCCAUAAAAGUAGACUUAGCCUUGGAAAACUGUAUUUAUUAGCCUGCCAUGACCAUUGAUCAUGUGCAUGGUUUGCCUGGGCUCACAUGAAUAAAUGCACUCACUUGUUAUUUAUGGUAAAUAGCUUUAGGCUUAUCUGUUGUACUCUGUAACUUUUACCCAAUAAAUUCAUCGCAAGGUCAACAACAUGACUCGUGUAUUUUACUCUUCAACAAAUAUUGUGAUUUGUAUUUUUUUUUUUAAGAAUUCCAAAAAAAAUUUUUUUUUAAAAAGUGAUUGAUGUUAGAUUAUGAGUUGUAUUUAAUCUGUUUGUCUGGAGUCGGUUUGCUUACUGCACGGCAAAGAUAACAAUACUAAAACAUUACAAUAUUUAACCUUUUCGUGCAUAGUGGUCACUACAAUUAUUCAAA